AUCCGAAUAAAUAUGCCAUGAAUCUUGCCGGUGCAGCUUUCGUCUUGUUGACCAGGUUAUUGUUAACAAAUGGGUUUAGUCUUAAUUUUGUACAAGUGAUUAUCGGGGAUAAUUUGUUGUAUGGAUAUUAUGCUGCCGGACCGUUUAAUGAUGUGGCCUUUGACGCCAUGACCAAACUGUAUCCUAAUGUCUUCGCCAAUGCCACCCGGAAGGUUUUCUAUAAACCCAAUAUACCGUCUUGUAACGAUGCCGGUGAUUACAUGUUCGGUGUAACGGGGGAAAUAUACGACGUUAUAUCGAAAAUUAGCGGAUUUACGAUUCUUUUAUCAUCAGGAUGUAGCCUGGAACUGAUGCCGCUGGGAGACUUUGCACGUGAAGUCAACCUUCCAUUGAUGGCCAGUACAUCUGCUGAUCUGAUGUUCGCCAACGCCAAACGCUUCCCAACGAUAAUUACGUUCGGACCACUAGGUCAAGGAAGUCAUUCCUCGGCUGCACGCGCAUUCGUCAAGCAGUACGGUUGGCGCACGGUGACCUUAUUCUGUGAUAACUACUCCAAGUUCACCAGUGCAGCCAGUUCCCUGGGCAUCACGUGCCGGGCCUUCAAGACGACAUUCGGGUCCGCGGCGGAAUUCGAUUUGUAUUCGGAAGUGUUUGAUUCCACGCUGGCUGAUCCGCAUUACGAUGCGAUGCUCCUGCGAGCGCGGCAAAACAGCCGAAUCAUAAUAUUUCUUGCCAAUGGGGAUGAAGUGCGCAAGUUCAUGCUUGUUGCCUAUCGAUUGAACAUGACUGGCGAUGAAUACGUCUACAUUAAUCCGAAGCCAUGUCAGGGUCCGGAAUUUAUCGAACUGCAAGUGGAUCGCAACGACGGCCUGGAUGAUAUAAUUGCUCAAGCUUACAAACCACUGGUGCCCAUUAACUUUGUCAAUCCGAACUACACCGAACUAGCCGGCUGGAUUAACAUGACGACUGAUUUGGCGCGGACGAAAUACAACCACACCUACCAGCAAGACGAGCGGGAAAACGAGAUUGCCUUGUCCAUUCCGGAGAUCAUGUUCGCCAUUGGCAGGGUGCUAAAUGAAAGCACCGUCCCCCUGGAGAACCUGACCACGGCAACAUUCCGUCAGCAGUUUCUCAAUCGCACGUUCUACACACCGGUACGGCGCGUGCGCAUUGGGCCCAAUGGGAUGCGCAUGUCGGAUAGUAUAUUGUACCGACUAAACAGCACCAGCCGGAAAUUUGAGCCGACUUGGUACUACGACUUCCCAAAAGCCAAAUUAUCCGUUCUCAAUCCGCAACUGGAGGGAGACUGGAACGGACGAUCGACGCCUCCGUUAAAUGAGCCAAUUUGCGGCUUCCGCAGCGAUCGGUGUGCGACGGCCAAUGAUGGGAGGACUAUUAUUAUCGCGGCGGUGUGUGGCGGGUGUGGAGCGGUAGUAAUUAUUGGCAUCGCAAUUAUCAUCUACAUAAAAACCGCGUCACUGACAGACAGUUCCAACUGGUGGCUGCUGGAUGCGACGCUUCUACACGGCGAUGAUUACAAACCAGGGUACAGCGUCUUCCAGACAGGUGGCAGCACCAUGCAGUGCUAUUACGGCCAGGAUCGAGUGUGGAUUCGAACGGAGACCGUAGCGAUCACGGAAGCGGAAGUAUUGAGCAAAAAAGCUCUGCGUAGCGUGUUGAUGCAGAUUCGCAAUAUACCUCGCCACGAUACGUUGGGACGCUUUUACGGUGUGGCACGGAUGGAGCAGUAUGUCGGUGUGGUGUGGGAAUACGGGCGCGGACCGUUACGCUGCCUAUUCGCUAACGAGACCAUCAUCGCCGACGUGAUUCUCCAGAAAACGCUCACUUACAAUAUCCUGACGGGUUUGCAAUUUAUCCAUGCGUCACCGUUACGCUGCCACGGAAGUUUGUCAAGUUUAAGCGUCAUCGUAGAUAAUCGUUACACGGCCAAGAUCUGUGAUAUCGGCUCAAUACGGAUAUUCCAAGCAUUAUCGAGAAAGUUUCUGACGCUCGAUACAGAAACCAGCUUUGCACCCGAAUGCGUAACUGAUCCCAGCAACUUCCUUACGCAGGAAAGCGAUAUAUACUCUCUGGGAGUAAUCAUGCAGGAGAUACUAGGCGACGCUGUUAGAAACCAGCAAACGAGCAAAACCAAGCAGCUGCAUGAAGCGCCCUUUAUCCGCCUAAUCAGCGGCGUGAUCGAAGCGUGCCUUUACGAGAAAAAAGAAGCCCGUCCCAGUGUAAAAUCCAUACAGAAUCGUUUAGCUGACUAUCGACCUCGAUUGACCGUCAUUGCCAGUUUGAUCAAACGGUUGGAAGAGCACGCGGAGAAUCUGGAAUUAAUCGUGAUGGCUCGUUCCGCCGAGUUGGUCACGGAGCAGAAUAAAGUCGAUAACUUACUUGCGGAAAUAAUACCACCAUCUCUUAUUAAGAAACUGCGGGACAAAGUCGUUGUUCCACCGGAAGCCUUCGAAUCCGUGACGAUCCUGUUCAGUAGUAUGGUGGGUUUCGAUGUGUUCUGCAAUACGGUGACACCCAUGCAAGUCAGCAGCUUCCUCAACGAGUUGUACACCUUCGUGGACAGCACCCUCCACAUGUACGAUGUGUAUAAAGUGGAGACGGUCAAAGAUGGCUACGUGGUCGCGAGCGGUGUCCCGUUGCGUAAUGGAGAGCGGCACGCGUACGAAGUCGUGUCGCUCGCACAAUAUAUCUUGCUGGAGUUGGAACGGCAGAAAAAGAUUCCGCUAAAAAUCCGAAUAGGCAUCCAUACUGGUCCCAUUGCGGCGGGAAUCAUCGGUGUGAUAAUGCCACGAUAUUGUUUGUUUGGCGACACGAUGAAUACAGCCAGCCGAAUGGAAAGUCAUGGAGAAGCAUCAAGAAUUCACAUCAGCGACAGUACGAAGCUGAAAUUGGAAGAAAUUAAAGCUGCUUCCCGCCUAAAGCUUCUACCGCGGGGUCAAGUGCAAGUGAAGGGUAAGGGAUUGGUCGAAACGUUCUGGAUUGGAUAGAAAGUAAAAGUGUAUAUAGAGCUCGCCGAGGCACAUCUGUGUGAUUUAGUUUCAUUUGGCCUUGUGUGAUCUAAGAAGG